ACGGAGAACAUAUUAUACUAUGACAGUACUUGUCACUCGAGCGUCCUCCUGAUCUAUUUCUGUCUUGCGAUUGCUCUUUCAUCGAUAUGUCCAUGAAAGUUGACACUAACGGAGCCGAGAUAUCCCCGCCUAUGUAAAUGACUGGCCCUUCACAUAUCCUCGACCUCUUCGCAGAACCUUGCAAUGUCUGAAUCCUACACUUGGCUUAUCACCGGAGCGUCUCGAGGCCUUGGACUCGAGAUGGUCCGGCAAUUGCUUCAAUCAUCUUCCAACACAAUCAUUGCAGCGUGUCGUACCCCAGAUAAUGCAGCUGUCCUAAAGUCCCUCCACACGGAUGCCAAGGGUACUCUGCAUGUCAUACAAAUUGAUACCGCAGACGAAGCGUCCAUUCGAGCCUCUUCCACGAUAGUGAAGACUAUUCUCGGGGAGCGAGGUCUGGAUUAUCUCAUUAGCAAUGCCGCAAUCCUGGAGGGUGGUAAUGAUGUGACCGCAUUCAGCUUCUCAGUGCCUUCUUUCCGCAGGACCUUGGAAACCAACGUCAUAGGACCCGCCAUCGUUGCUGAUACUUUCUUACCUUUACUUGAGAAAGGGAAUCGGAAGGUCCUUGUCAAUAUCUCGAGCGGUCUCGCUAGUAUUGGCCUCGAUUUCGGAGAUAUAGCUGCUGUUUACAGCAUUAGCAAGACGGCAUUAAAUAUGCUUACGUAUAAACAGGCAAAGGCAAAGCCGGAGUUUAUCGUGUUCUGCGUUGAUCCAGGAUGGGUGAAGACUGAUAUGGGCGGAGAAAAAGCACCUUUAGAACCGCACGAGAGCGUUUCUAAAGUACUUAAGAUCGUCGCUGACGCUACGUCCCAAAGUUCCGGCAAGUUCUUUAGGUAUGAUGGGGAAGUUCUGGCGUGGUAGAUCUGCAUGUACAGAGAGAUACGUGCCAAUGGUCUGUGUAUUCAUUCGCAUUCAGAACCUUCGCACUGCCAUGGGAACAAUUAUAUCAGAGAGGGAAACAGAGCCCUAUUCAAAUCACCGGAUCCUUUUAAGUAGGCUUUACAUCUUC